CUCCUGUGUUGCCUGUCCACAUCAGUCCCCGAAGUGAAGGAAGAAAUUCUGAGAUGCAGAAAGGCUUAUUUGUUGCCGCAAAUGGGAAUCUGGAAUAACUAUGAAAAACACACUGAAAUAAUUGUGUUUGACUGGAACAAAAUUCUUGCAAAGUCCCCAAGGAUGAGAUUCUGUGCCAAAUCAAUGCUUCUGUCUGACUGGCUCUUUCUGGUCUAUGUGUUAAUGGUCUGCUGUAAAUUGUUGUCCGCCUCUAGUCACCAUCCCCGGGGGCACACAGGGCAGCACCAAGUGAAGCAGGGGACGUGUGAAGUGGUGGCCGUGCACCGGUGCUGCAACAAGAACCGGAUCGAGGAGCGAUCGCAGACGGUGAAGUGCUCCUGCUUCCCGGGACAGGUGGCCGGCACCACACGGGCUCAGCCCUCCUGCGUGGAAGCUUCCAUUGUCCUGCAGAAGUGGUGGUGUCACAUGAACCCCUGUCUGGAUGGAGAGGACUGUAAAGUACUACCAGACUAUUCAGGUUGGUCUUGCAGCAGUGGAAAUAAAGUCAAAACCACAAAGGCAAGUAUAGAGAUCACCUCUAUUUAA